ACUAGCUCUCACUCUCUCCUCCUAAAUACACUGUCUGUGGAUCAGUUCUUCUGGAAUAGCAUUUGCAGCUUUGAAAAAGGCAGCAUGCCGGGACUGAGGGACCAGGCAGCACUGUCAGCUCUGUGUCUAACCCUUCUGCUCCACCAGAUGCAGGUUUUUGGGCUGUCUGUAUGUGGACUGACAGACCAGGAUAAAGGAGACGGUGAAUCAGAAUCAAAGGCAACAUCUGGAGCAGGCCCUCUGCAAGUGGAGAUCAUCCCACCUUAUGUUGAGACUGAAGUCGGACAGCUCAAAAGAUUGUUGUGUAAAGUUGUUGGAAAUGCAGAUGACAUUGACUGGUUUUCUCCAAAUGGUGAGAAACUUCUAAGAAACCAUGAGAACCUCAAGGUGCGCAAACAUGGCAAGUCUAUGUCCUCUCUCAUGGUUCUCAAUGCCAAUUUGAACAACGCUGGGAUAUACACAUGUGUGGCCAGAAACAGAGACAAUAAAUCACAAGCAACAGCCAAUCUGGAAAUCCUUUUGAAUAGAAUUCGCAGAGAAACAGACAGGGAGGGACGAGGAAAAAGACAGAAGGAGCCAAAGCCCACAAAGAAACCUAAAGCUCCCAAGCCCACCAAGAAACCCAAAGGAAAGAAGAGUGGGAAGAAGAAAGGCAAGAAGAACAGAGAAGAAAUCACCACCAUCAUUACCACCACCACCACCACCACCACCACUGUAGCACCUACAACCACAUUACCCAUUGAGUAUGAUGAGGAGUUUUAUGAUCCUGAAUCAGAUCAGUACUGGGAUGAAGAUUUUCCUGCAGAUACAACAACUGCAGAACCCACAUACCCUCCAACAGAGAAAUCAACAACAUUUCCAAUAGAUUACCCAACUGAUUUUCCUCCUGAUACAGAUGAGUAUGCCCAACCAUAUCCUGACACAGAUGUUGACUAUUGGAAGGUGAAUGAGCCCACACCUACAACCCCUGUGAUUACUGGCCACAAUACUGAUGAUGAUUACUGGGAUGCAAAAUUAGAUGAGGUGACAGAAAAUCCGCCUUUCCCUGAUUAUAUAGAGAUCAGCACCACUGACCAUGCCUGGCAUUACAGUACCACGGAGGAGCCCACUGUCCCUCCACUUGAAAACAACUGGUAUGAAGAAUAUGAAUACGGAAAUGAAAAGAAACUGGAGGAGGAGAGGGAGAGAGAAAGAAAAGAGCAAGAAGAGAGCGAAAGAGAACUAUGGAGGCAAGAGGAAGAGGAGGAGAGAGAACGCAGGAUUCACAAACCUCCACCACGCGUGUACAAAGAGCCUAAAAUUUGUCCUCCUCUGGGUAUGGAGUCUCAUCGCAUAGACAAUGACCAGCUACUUACGUCCUCUAUUUCUCACCAUCGUUAUGGCCCACGUAGAGCUCGUCUGAAUAUUCAGGCGUCUGGUGAUGAAGAUGAUAUGAAUGGAGGGGCAUGGUGUGCUAACUCUGAAGAGACGGUCCACUGGAUUGAACUGGACGCACACACACUUACAGAGUUCACCGGUGUCAUCACCCAGGGUCGAGACGACCCCUUAGAGAGUGACUAUGUGUCUUCGUAUUAUGUGGCCUUUAGUAAUGACAGCAGAGAGUGGACUGUCCUUAAUGAUGGAUAUGCUGAAUGGUUGUUCUUUGGAAACUCAGAUAAAAGCACCCCAGUGUCGAAUCAGUUUAUGGAGCCUGUAGUGGCACGUUACAUUCGUAUAUUGCCACAGAGCUGGAACGGCACUAUGUGUAUGAGAAUGGAGGUUUUGGGCUGUCCAAUACCAGAUCCUCAGAGGCAAUACCAGAGUCAGAAUGAGGUGACGCCCCGAGAUGACCUGGACUACACCUAUCAUAGCUACCUUGACAUGGAGAAGCUCAUGAAAUCUGUAUCUGAUGAGUGUCCCAACAUCACCAGAUUCUACAGUCUGGGCAAGAGCUAUAAAGGUCUGGAGGUUUAUGCCAUGGAGAUUACUGAUAACCCUGGGAACCACGAAAAAGGUGAGCCAGAGUUCCGAUACACAGCAGGAUACCAUGGUAACGAGGCUCUGGGACGAGAGCUUCUGCUGAUGCUCAUGCAGUACCUGUGUAGAGAGUAUAAAGAUGGCAACCCUCGAGUUCGCCACCUGGUUGAUGAGACACGUAUUCAUCUUGUGCCAUCGGUCAAUCCUGAUGGCCAUAUGAGAGCUUUUGAAAAGGGCUCCGAGUUGGGCAGCUGGACAUUAGGGCACUGGACUGAAGAUGGCCAUGACAUCUUUCAGAACUUUCCAGACCUAAAUAACAUCUUCUGGGAUACAGAGGACAAAGGCAUGGUGCCCAAAUUGACUCCAAACCAUCACGUGCCUAUCCCUGAGGGUCAUCUGACAGUCAAUGGCUCAGUUGCUGUGGAGACUCUUGCCCUCAUCUCCUGGAUGGAAAACUAUCCAUUUGUACUAGGUGCCAACCUGCAGGGUGGCGAGAGACUGGUGACAUACCCCUUUGACAUGCGCCGCCUCACAAAGUCAUCUGAGGAGAGAGAGAAAAAACUCAACUCCAGAGCAAACAGACGCAAGAGGCAGUAUGAGGAGGAGGAGGAAGAAGAAGAACCCAACCCUUACCUUCACAUUGGGUACCAUCGGGAGAGCUAUAGCAGCCCCCAAGAAAACCAUGCAUACCAUCAAGAGAACUAUGGCUACCAUCAAGAAACUCAUGGGUACCGCCAUGAGAACCAAGGCUAUGAUGAAGAAAAUCAAGGGUAUCAUGAAGAGAGCCAAGGGUACCAUCAUGAGAACCAAGGGUACCACCAUGAAGGACACUCUGAAGGGUACCAUGAGGGCUAUCAAGAAGGAUACCCUGAGGGCUAUAGGGAGGGAUAUGGAGAGGGUGAACCAGAGGAGGAAAUCAGGGUGAUUGAGGACCAGUCUUUGUUCCGCUGGUUGGCCAUAUCUUACGCCUCCACUCAUCGCACCAUGUCUCAGGCCUACCAAGGAGGUUGCCAUACUGAUGACCCAACGGGUGGAAUGGGAAUUGUCAACCGUGCCAAGUGGAAGCCCAUCCCAGGAAGUAUGAAUGACUUCAGCUACCUUCACACCAACUGUUUUGAGCUGUCCAUUUUCCUGGGCUGUGAUAAGUACCCACAUCAGAGUGAGCUCUCGAGAGAGUGGGAGCAUAACAGAGAGGCCCUGCUGACCUUCAUGGCUCAGGUGCAUAGAGGAGUUAAAGGAGUUGUAAGGGAUAAAGAGGGCAACCCCAUUAUGAACGCCACAGUGUCUGUGGAGGGAGUCAAUCAUGAUGUCAGGACAGGCGAAUCUGGUGAUUACUGGCGACUUCUAAACCCUGGUGAGUACCGUAUAACGGCCCGAGCAGAAGGCUAUAAUCCCUUCACCCGUCUGUGUGUGGUCGGAUUUGACCCAGGUGCCACCCUGUGCAACUUUGACCUGGACAAGUCAAACUGGGACCGCAUCAAACAGAUCAUGGCUCUCCACGGCAACAGGCCCAUCCGGUUGCUGAGCAAUGGCAACAGGGGCGGUGGGCAGAACUAUCCAGUAAUAUCCAGAAAUAACCAAAUUCUUGAAGGAGUUCCGAGCAGCGCUCGUAUUAAUCGGUUACGGCACUUGAGACAAUAUCGAAAAAGGUUGCUGGCCCCCAAAACAACCCCGCCUACCACGACCAUAACUACAACCACAACCACCACGACUACGGUCCUGCCCACUACAGAGAGUACCACACCCUGGUAUGACUGGCCUCUUGAAACCCUCGAAGAGAACACAACCCCUCCAGAAGAGAUUGAGGUUACAGACACACUGGACUACAACUACAGCUACAAAAUAGACGAUUAUUAAAGAAAACUACAGAUAGUUUCACUCCUUUUGGACUAGUAUAGGCCAAAAUUGCCAUGCUUUCACCUUUCGGUUUGAUUGGUUUCAGAGACUCACUUUCUUUGUUCUUAAAUAUUUUCCAAGAACAUAUGGUGGUAAAUUAAUGAAUGUUGUGAUUAAAUAUCUUACAGCCAUCAACAACAAAGCCGCACAUGGAUCCAUUUUGCCGUUAUGAGUGAGUCCAAGGACUCGAACAGCUACGAGUAAAAUCUCCAAGUUGUCGUAAUUACAGUAAUUCCGAAACAUGAAGUGAGUGCAGCAUUUUGCUUUGUGGAUAACUUUUGCUGGAGUAGGCAUUUGUGACGUAAUUACACGUAAAAUUUUAAUUUCCGAACAUUAAAGUCAAUCUUGAUUCUCAUAAGCACUCAAUAUUCUUAUUGUAAAGAUUGUAAAGGUAGCAGCUUUCAAAAGCUUGCAAAACCUUAAGGCAGUAAGAAUCACUCUUAUGUUCUGAUGCUACACAUCUAAACGGAGAGAAGAGAAUGCUACAGUAUUUACAAAGAGGGGACUUAAUAUUUUUCUCACAGCCAGUGUUUGUUGAAGACAAUAUCACAAGGUAAAGCUCCACCAGGUUCAAUGGCCUGAGGUAAAGAAUUUUUUUUUUUUACAGUUAAUAAAGUCUUGUUUACAUAUUCA